AUGCCGUACUCUCCUAAGGUGGGCGACUCACUGGAAUCGCUAGACACGCCAUCCAUGAUUGUGGACUUGGACCUCAUGGAGACCAACUUAAGUAAACUCAUGAAACAACUCCUCCCUACUGGUGUCAAUAUCCGUCCACAUCUCAAGACCUCAAAAUCUGCGAUCAUUGCGAAGAAGAUGGUCGCAGCGGGUGCAAAAGGUGGAUGCGUGGCGAAACUCAGCGAGGCAGAAAUCAUGUGUGAGAAGGGUUUCACAGAUCUGCUGAUUACAUGUGAGAUUAUCGGUCCUGCGAAGGUAAAGAGGUUAGUGGAAUUGGUCAAGAAGUACAGAGAUGUAAGAAUAGUUGUCGACAGCAAAGAGGGCGCAAGCGCCAUUGAACAAGCACUAUCAGAAAGCGAUUUCGAGGGCACAGUUAUGACGCUCAUCGAUCUCGAUGUGGGAUUGCAUCGUACAGGCGUGCAACCCGGGGGACCAGCUUCGGAACUAGCUCGUUUUGUCACCAGCUCAAAGCAUCUCAGACUCAUCGGCGUACAAGGGUACGAAGGCCACCUGCAACAUGUCCAUGGUCUCGAAGAGCGCAAAAGCCAGUGUCUUGAGAGCAUGAAGAUCCUUACGUCUACUGCCGAUGCGCUAAGGAAAGAAGGUCAUGCCAUCGAUGUAGUAACAACAGGUGGAACUGGAACUGCAGAGUUCUGUGUCACCGUCCCUGGAAUCACCGAGGUACAGCCUGGCUCUUUCCUCUUCAUGGACACGGAUUAUCGCAACGCCGUUGGUUCGACGAACUACGCUCAGAGUCUGACCAUCCUCUCUACAGUUCUCAGCAAACAGGGCGCGAAUAUCAUUACUAUUGAUGCAGGACUCAAGUCGCUGACGACGGACUCUGGGCUUGCAGAAUGCAAGACACCGGGGUAUACGUAUGGGGUUCUGGGUGAUGAGCAUGGCAGUCUUGCCUGGGAGGAAGGCAAGGGUGAAGAGUUGAAGAUAGGAGAUAGGGUUGAGAUGGUACCUAGCCAUAUCGAUCCGACGGUGAACUUACAUAAUGUCUAUUAUGCGUAUCGGAAGGGGGUUAUCGAGGAGAUCUGGCCAGUGGAUAGUCGGGGGUGUGUGCAAUAG